AACAGCGAUGGUGACACCUGACAACGAUAACAAGUCAUUCACUGCUACAAUUGGGGAAAUCGCUGGGAGUGCUUCAUAUUUUACGCAAACAAUUCAUCGUCAUGGACAAUUCGGCGACUAGUCCGUCCCUAAGCCAUUACUUUGCCAAUGACCCGCCAAGUUUCUUCGAUGAAAUUCCUAAAAGUGGAGCAACUGAUCCUCUUACUCACAAUAACUUCAAUGGAAGCUUCCAGGCACCUGAUUACUUUGAAAAUCCGGAGCUCGAGGAGGACAUUAGAGUGUCUGAAGACGUGAGGAACUUCUGGCUGCCUCCGCACACUGAGCCUGGGAUUCCGCCUUUAUUGACUUUGCCGGGAGUUUUGUCGCCUAAUGAUUUGAGUGACCCAAUCAGAGAUGCGGUCGCAUUGCAUUUAGGGGAGCCCGAACUGAGUCAGCGUCACGUACUCACAGUUGGAGAUGUCACGCAGGAUGAACGGGGAUUAAGGCGACUGAUUUCAGCCGGGUGCUUCCGGGCGGCCGUGAAUUUGACUGGCCGAUUGUUGACAAUAUAUGGACAAGGUUACGGAAGGGCCGGACAACCAGCAAAACACAGUCCUCAUUCCUUGCAGCUUUGGUUCACCCGACUCGCCCUAUUAACCAAGCUCGGUCAAUACGAACUCCUACAAUCAGAAGCCGAACCCUUUGGUCAACUGAACAGCGGUGAUGUAUACUAUGACUUCUAUCACGAAAUGUACGGCGGCAAAAAAGGAUCAAUGGCGUGCUUCUCUUUUCGUCUUCUCCUAGCCGAGAUACCAAUGUACACGGGAUCACCCAAAACCGCAAUGGAUCGUCUCUCAGAAUUGUCUGCGUUGUGUAAUGAAAUCAAAAAUCAUUUUAAAAGCGAUCAACCAAGUUAUGAGUUUUGGCGAAAGCGUGAAGUUCGAGUAUUACAUUCCAUUAUUAAUUGUGGCAUUUUGAUGCGAGACUACUGUCUGGUCGAUGACAUCAUGAAGGUACUUUUAGCUCAACCUGAAUUAUCCAAAGAAGACAAAAGAUUCAUGUUCUCCGCCUGGGGACGAAUCUAUCUUCAAAUUGGGGAUGUAUUUGGAGCAGAACAUAAGUUUGCAGAAGCAAGGCGACUGAAGGACAUGAACGCAACACCUGAUCUUCGCGAUUUAGUUGAUAAAGGUUUGAUCGCUGUAGCCCAAAAUGACUUUUUCGAAGCGCAUAAUAAUUUUCAGAAGGCGCUGAAUGUUGACCCAACUAAUACAAUGUUAUUGAACAACAUGGGAGUAUGCCUACUUUAUUCCGGGAAACUGAAAGACGCAAUUGCCUUAUUUGAGAAAGCGAUCAACAUGAAUCCCCAGAAAUCAUUAAAUGAAAAUCUUCUCAUCAACUUAUCAACGCUAUAUGAGCUGGAAUCAAGUAAUUCACGCAAUAAAAAGCUGAAUUUAUUGCGACUCGUCAAUCGUUUCAAGCCGGACUUGAAUAUCAGUUUGGAUUAUUGUUUGAAGCUGCAAAGUAAUAAUUAGAAAAUUAUUUUAGGUUCUAUUUUAUGCAUUAGGAAAUUUAUGUGAUACCUUUUAUUGCAAUUAAACUUGAAGUAAAAUUCAAUCCGAAACUA